AUGGUGAAUAUACAGAAGAAGCUCGAAAAGAUUCAGCAGGAGCAGCCGACCAUCCACGAGGUAAAUAAGGACAGGCUGAGCGAAAUACUAUCUGUGGUUCAGGCAAAAAAGUACCAGGACCCCUCCACAUACUAUCCCCAGUCUCCUCUUUCGAGAAUGCUUCCAAAUUGCUAUCCAAAAGCACCGAAUGAGGGAAUCUUCAAAGUUAAUAUAGAGGAUAUGAAAAUGGACAACCUCCACGAAGAGACACUUUUCUAUAUUUUCUAUACAUUUCCGGGCGACAAGUUGCAGACCAAGGCAUAUGAUAACAUCCUCAAGAGAAAAUACAUCUUCUGCAGGAUGUACAAAUGUUUUGUUACAUUCAACUCUCCAGCAAUCGCCGACCAUGUCAAGAGACUCAUUGUGAUGUUCGACCCGUUCAGCUGGUCGAAGGUGUCGAUAGAAGUUGUUUUUGAUGAAAAAUUCAUCAGGUCUCUUGAAAGAUAA